AUGCGAAGAACAUCUGUGUCGCUGCCGACGAAGCAACCUGGCCGAGAUCCUCACGAAAAGCCCGGACGAUUCGCACCUGCCAACCGCAAGCCUGGCCUGUUCGGCGGCUUAAGAGAUAUGGCUCAAGCACAGAAGAACAGGUGGAUGAGGACCGGCGCCAUCGCCUUCUUCGUCGUCUUCCUCUUCUGGUAUCUGUCUCCUAGAGGAGUUAACGUUCACAAUGGUGGAGUUUCGAAAGGUAGCGCUGGUGGCCAAACCCCUGUCGAUGCUUCUUAUGGCUCCAAGUUCUGCACUCAGUCUAGCUCCAAGUCGAAGCCUAUAGUCCAAUAUGUCCUCAUGAUCGACGCCGGCAGCACGGGAUCCAGAAUUCACGUCUACAAGUUCAACAACUGCGGCGCCACUCCCGAGCUGGAACAUGAGGAGUUCAAGAUGACCGACAAGUCGGUCGGCGGCCUGAGCAAGUACAAGGACGACCCCGAUGCUGCGGCCAAGACUCUCGAUGUAUUGAUGGAAGUCGCCCUCAAGACUGUCCCCGACAAGCUCAAGGCAUGUAGUCCGGUCGCGGUGAAAGCAACCGCUGGUCUCCGUAUGGUCGGUCCUGAGAAUGCCCAAAAGAUUCUCGACGCCGUUCGUACACACCUUGAGACUAAGUACCCCUUCCCCGUUGUCUCCAAGGAAGACAACGGUGUUGCUAUCAUGGACGGAGCCGACGAGGGCGUCUACGCCUGGAUUACCACGAACUAUCUUCUGGGCAAGAUUGGUGGCCCCGACAGGAGUCCCACUGCUGCUGUUUUCGAUCUUGGUGGUGGCUCGACUCAGAUUGUCUUCGAGCCCACCUUUAAGGGAGCACCAGAGGGCGGUAUGCCCGAGAAGCUUGCCGAGGGUGACCAUAAGUACGAUCUCAAGUUUGGUGGACAGAAGUUUGAGCUUUACCAGCACUCCCAUCUUGGAUACGGCUUGAUGAGCGCCCGCAAGGCUGUCCACAAGACUCUGGUGAACGAGAUCUUUGAGAGCAAGAAGACCGACGACAGCUGGGUCAAGCAGCCUAUCGUUCAUCCUUGCAUCGCUCCCGGCAUGGUAAAGGAAGUUGAGGUUGAGUUAGAUGAAGGCCACCCUCUGGGCAAGACCGUCACCUUUAACAUGACCGGUCCUUCUCAGCCGGCGCCUGCGCAGUGCCGCAACCUUGCAGAGAAGAUCCUCAAGAAAGGAGAAUCCUGCAAACUUGCCCCUUGCUCCUUUAAUGGUGUUCACCAACCCCCUUUGGCCAAGACUUUCGCGCGCGAAGAUGUCUAUAUUUUCUCCUACUUCUACGAUCGUACCAAGCCACUUGGUAUGCCCGACUCCUUUACUCUUCGCGAGAUGCACGACCUGGCCAACUCUGUUUGUGGUGGCGAGAAGGCCUGGGAUGUAUUCUCUAGCGUUCCCGGCGCGCUUAAGGAGCUCCAGGACCGCCCCGAGCACUGUCUUGACCUCAACUUUAUGAUGGCUCUUCUCCACACUGGUUAUGAGAUGCCUAUCGACCGCGAGGUCAAGAUUGCCAAGAAGAUCAAGGACAACGAACUGGGCUGGUGCCUUGGUGCUAGCUUGCCUCUACUUUCUCCCGGCUCUGGCUGGAAGUGUAGGAUCGACAAGGUGAACUAG